AUUUUGUUGAAGAUUUGAUGAUGGAUAAUGAAGAUUUAGAAGAAAAUGUAUUUAACAACUUAUUUUCAGACAAUGAGUUAAUUACAUAUGAUGAAAAUGAAUGCAUAGAUAUUUGUGGUGAUUCAUAA